GGUCUUUGGGACCCAAAGGAGGUAGUGAAGGGUUGGCCUCCAAUCCAUGCAGCUGGCUAAGCAAGACCAAAGAGCUGCAGCAGCAAGCCCUGGCUAACCUCUUAAGAGAAACACAGUCGGACUGUCUGAAAACUUGGGCACAGUGGAAGGGCUACCUUGAAAGUGUGGAUAAUGGUGGAAGCCCCAUCCCGGGGUAG